ACUCAUCUUCCCCCUUCCAUUUUAUGUCCGAAAAGAGUCUCAGACGACGGCUUCCCAGAUGCCGGCGACCGCAACUUCCACACCCAUCGUCCACCCCACGGCUACGGACGCCUCCUCCACAUCGCCGAUCGUUGAAAAGGUCGUCCAAGUACGGUAGGAUCCUGAAGCGAUGUUCAUCGGAGCCGUGUCUUUGGAGCAGUGCCACUCAAGAUCAACAAACCAGGAGCGGUUUCUUGGGGUCUGAAACUGAAGUGGGAACUUUAUUUAGGCCUCAAACUUGUGCGGACGUCUUCGCUUCGUCUCCUCCUUUGUCGGGUCUUUGCUCCCCUUCUUCUUCUUAUCCGAAGCUGUGUUUCGAGUUUGGGGUGCAUGGUUACAACAAAGAUGCUAAGGUUGUAAUCAAUGUAUCAGUUGAAGGAAGCCCAGGGCCGGUCCGGACCACGGUCAAAUUGGGGUCCAGUGUCGAUGACACUAUAAAGCUUGUCGACGUAAACAAGUAUGUCGAAGAAGGGAGAACCCUAACCUUGACCUCUAAGUUCUUCUUACUUGAUAAAUCAAUGUCCAUCGGGGAUGCUGGUAGCAGAAGCUUUUAUCUUAGAAAGAAUAGCAGUGGCAAUAGUGCAUCUUUUGUUUCGGAAAUCGAUCCGGCAAGACCCGACUCUCCUGCAUUUUUGGUUCCGGGUAUCAUUGCUGGAAAGCUCAGCAAAAUCGUGAGAAGAACGCAACGGGUAUGGAAAGUCUUGGUUUGCUUGAAAUGAUGAGGAUAUUAGAGUAA